AUGGAUCCCAAACAACCUAGAAAUCCACUAAACAAGAGAAUGACAGCUUCUUUAAAAGAGAGAAAUCUCAUGUCUUCGAAAGGUGAAUACAAUUGAAAGAGUACUGCACCUAUUAUAGCGAAUAAUGAAAAAUAUUGCAAUAUUACAAAUGAAUGAACUUGAUUAUUUAAUGAUUUAAUAAUCACUUAUGCCACAGCUGUCUCUAAUGCAGUAACAAGUGCCAAACAAAGACCUAUUAAAUAUAAAAUUGAAUAUUCUGAAUUCUCAUUUCCAAAUAUUAAUGGAGGCUUCGUUAUAAAAAUUACACCUAUAAUACAAGUAAUUAUUUCUAUUGCUGUUCUCAUAUUGAUCUUCUCUUUUCUUAAUACAUAAACUAAUAUUAGAGUAGUCCAAAUAGGAUUAGUUUUCAUUAAAACUACUGCUUCUGAAACAGCAACCAAUUUUAAUGAAGAAAAACAGGCUAAAAAUCCAAACAUUCCAAUAGCUCCUCUAAACAAUAGUUUAUUCAUUAUCUUUUAAUUUUUUGGAUAUGAUUACAAUGGCAAUAUUUGA